AUGAGUUCUAUCGAUAUCAAAUUAAUUCAAUACAAAUCUGUAUUGUACAUAUUAAACGACGCUACAAAAAAUUUGAAUACAUUGGCAGAUAGUUUGAAGGCUCCUCAAAGGAAAAUAAGCACGAACAAUAAUAACAAUAAAAUAAUACCCUUAAUUAAUUACACUUUAUCCUUACUUGAUGGACCUAUUUUCAAUAUACAUCCUAUUCUAAGGAAACGAUAUAAUCUAUUAUGUCAAUUCAAAUUGUGUAAAUUGACCCAAUUGGAUCCACCUAUAUCGAAUGACUUAAUUGAUCUGGACAUGUCCUCCCCCCCUCGAUGUUUAGAGACAAUAACUGAAUUGCAGGGGAAAUUAUAUGAUGAAGAAUUACAAUGGAGGUUAUUGACUUGUCUGAAACAAUUGAUUAUAAAUACAACGAUGAUAUAUAAUAAGAAUCUAAAACAAUUACAAUUGGAAAGGAACUCUCCUAUCUAUCUCCAACAAUUUAGGUCUGGCUUUAAGAAAUUCGAUAUUUUACAAAUAGAAGAUAUCGUCCAACCCAUUGAGAUGUCAUUGAUCUUAGAUUUUGCCGUUUUGAUAAGAGACCACAUGACAGAUACUUCCCUUAAAUCAAUGGAAAAAUUACAAUGGCAAUUACUACAAAAAUUCCUUUCCUUCAUGAAUGAGGAAAUUAUAAUCAACAUGAAAUUAUUUGUCAAGAAAUUGAGAAAUUUUUCGAAAACUCAAGAUUUUAAAGGCUUGGCUCCAGCUUCAAUGUCUCAUGUUUUGAUACGGCCCAUUCAGGAAUCUAUCGUUUAUAGGGUAUAUUCCUUCCUGUUACGAUGUUUAUGUUUAUCACAGACAUCAAUUAACUUGAUUAGACAAAUAUUUUCUCCCAAUAAGGAACAAUUCAACAGUAUUAGAUGGAAAUUAGCUAUGGAAAAUACCUAUUGUUAUGAAUUGACUUUAAACAAAUUAUAUGCUAUUGAAUCUGGAUCAGGAUCUGGUAUUAUACAAUCUUUAAAAUUAUUGAUUGAUAAUAUCAAUAGUUACGCUAGACUACCAUUGGAAGAUUUACAUAGACCAACACCUGAAUUUAUCAUGGAAUUAUAUCAAUCUCAUAUAAUUAAUGGUUUCCAAACUUUUAGAGAUAUUUUGAAAAUUAUGAAUAAUUGGCUUACCAUGUGGAAAUUCGCUAGAAAUAAUUCUAUUGGUGUAUCAAAAUUGAAAGAUUUAGACCAAGUUGGACUGGACAAGAUGUUAAAUGAAAGGAAGGUUGUUGACAGAUUGAAAUAUUUGGAAAAUCAAUCGAAACUAAAGGAAAAGAAAAAAAAUACCAUGUUGCAAUCAUCAAGGACAAGCACUUUUUCAUCUGUUUCUUCUUCUUUAUCAACUUCACCAAACCCAAUGUCUCCUUUGAAACUCUCACGGACAACAUCAAUAGAGAACGCAGCCGGAAAGAAAAUUCGUAACGUCAAAAAGGAGAUAGCAAAUAAUAUUCGAUCUAAAACCAAUUCACCAACAAUAUCACGAAGAGGUUCUAUAACUCCAAGAUCGGGCAUAUCUGCCAAUUUGGAUGAAAAGAAAUCAACGAAAAAUACAAGUAAUCGUUCAGUUCUUUCAAAUGGGCGUCGUCCUAGAUCUAGUUCAUUGCAAUCUUCAUUCAAUCAAAACAAGACGACAAGGGCAAGUAGUAAACUUUCCAAUGAAUUAUUACCUCCUUCACAACAAGAUGAACAACAAAAGAGGUCUAAUUCUUUAGAACCCUCUGCGACUAUAAAUCAAAGAAUUGUACAAAGCGCAGUGAAACAUUCCAUGAACCAGCAAAAGUUGGUCUUACCAAUUCCAUACAUACAAUCUAAUGAGACCACGACAACAACGUCAUCAUCAUCUUUAUCAGCACAGAGUUAUUCUACUGCAUCGAGUAAACUUUCUUCACCACAACCUCUACCGACACCUUUAUCAACUUCAUCACACAAGGAUCGUCUUACUAAUAAUAACACAGUAUUACAAGAAGUUGAAACAAGAAAUAAUCAUUAUAUUAACGAUGACUUAAUCGCAAUCGAAACACUUGACUUGAAUAAUAACUACAGCAACAACAAUAUAAUAAUAAAGAAAGUGCGAUUCGUAGGUGUACCACCGAUUACUAAAGAAGAAAACCAUAAACCAACAAGACAAGGAUGGUACAAGAAACCACCUGUACUAUAUUAUCCGCCAAUUCCUUCCGUCAAGCCGACGAUGACGACAACAAAAUACUCAUUAAGGAAGAACAUACGACAAGAAGAAGGGUUUGCCUUUAGGACUAGUUUACGUGAACAACGAAAACACGGUAAUGAUGAGAAUGGUAUACUGCAAUCGUCAGGGAAUGAAAAGGGGAAAGAGAACAUGGGUCAUAGGUUAGCAUCCAAACUACGUGACAAGCUUCGAUAG